CAGCGGAGAGAGAGAGAAGAAAAGAGAAGAAGAAGAAAGAAGGUAAAGUUCCUGCACAGUGUUUUAUUUAUUACUGAAGAAGAAGAAGAAGAAGAAGAAGAAGAAGAAGAAGAAGAGGAAGAAGAAGAAGAAGAAGAAGAAGAAAGUUUAUGGACAGAAAACAGCUGUCUGUCUCUCAGCUGUGAGUCCUGGAGGACACAGGAUGUCCUCUGGGUGUGCCGCUGCUCGUUGCUGGACCUGUGGCUCCCUGGCAGGAACACAGAGCUCUGACCGAACCAGAACCAGAUCCGGGAGUGGAUUUAAUGUGGACCAGUGAAUCCAGAUUCAGGGGUGGAUUAAGACUGAAGUGGACUGAUCUGGAUUCAGGAUGUCCUCAGACCUGGUUGUGAGUCUGGUCUUCAGGAUUCUGCUGCCGCUCACUCUGACUGCAGCGUGUGUGUUGCGGUACAAUGGAUUCUCUCUGGUCUAUGUCAUCCUGCUGCUGCUGCUGCCACUGCUGCCUGACCCUGCCUCCACCACAGGUAACACGAGUCGCUGUGUGAUGGCCGUGUGUGUGUCCAGCUUCCUCUUCCUGUUGCUGCAGUCGUUCUUCCAGCUGACGACCGCAACGCUGCAGCCCGACUACAACUGUACAUCAUGGCAAAAAGCUCUCAGUCAGCUUGGCCUCGUGAGUCUGACAGGAAGUGAUGCAGGCUCUGCAGUGAGACAGCUGUUUCCAGAUGUUGGUGUGUUGUUCAUCAGUCUGGUGACCUGGAGGCUGAUUGUGAGACUGAACGCCGACACACACACACAGUCUCAGCAGGAGGAAGAGGAGGAGCGUCAGGAGGAAGAGCUAAUGUUUGAGGAGGACUCUGUGCUGGGAGGGGGGGGCGCUGAAGAAGAGGAUGAUGAAGAGGAUGAUGAAGAGGAUGAAGAAGAGGAGGGCGGCAGCAGAAACAGAAUUCUGGUUGAACUCGAAUCACUGUUUUGUAAAAGCAGACAGAUGAUUGGACACAUGACAACGACGCGAGGGAAAAUUCUGCUGACGGCUCUGCUGGGUCUCACAGGUAUCAUAUGCCCCUCCCUUUCCUCCCUCCCUUACCUGCUCUGUUUCCAGUUGUUGUGCACCUGGUGGGCGUGGUCGGGUCAGGUCCCACCCCUCCUCUUCAGGUGUGUGUCUGUGAUGUCACUGGUAUACUGCUCCUCCCACUUCCUGCUCCUCUACUGCUACCAGCUGCCGUCCCUACAGGAGGCGUGGCCUCCCAACCACACCUCCACCAGUGUGUUUGGCCUGGUGUCCCUGGUGGAGGUGGACUGCAGCGCCCCCUGGAGGCUGCACAUGAACGCUGAGCUCAGCUGGUUUCACUUCCUCAGUCCUCUGACGCUCCUGCUGCUGUUCCACGCGGUGGCGGCGCUGUGGAGGAACCAGCUGAUCGUUGGUGACGAGAGGCGAGGCGUGAAGAGGGUGGUGUCAGCAGUGAGCGGGAGCAGUGACAUCAUCACUGCCACCAGUAACCUGAGUGAUGAGGUCAUCGCUGACCUCACAGCAGAGAGGCGGAGAGAGCUGUGGAGGAGAGCUCACGAUCGCCCGGAGUGCAGAGACCAGGUGCAGUCGACGUCGACCAAUGAGAGCCCCUCUGACUCCUUCACCCCGCACACACAGAGUACUGCCCUGGGACUGGAUGUUUACUCUGUGCCUCAGUACUCUCUCAGCCAAUCAGACACCUUGGAAACGUGUGUUUUUGAAGAUGACGGAUGGGAGGAGGAGGGGGAGGUAAGGAGCGAGGUGGGCGGAGUCAGUGCAGCCUCCAUGGCGUUCAGCUUCCUCCUCAAACAGAGUUACAUCUGUGCUCUGAUCUCCAUGAUGGCGUGGUCCAUCACAUACGUGUCCUGGCUCACGUGUGUCCUGCUGCUGUGGUCAUGUGUCCUCUGGAUGAUGAGGGAGCGUCGGCGCUACACACUGAUGUCAUCACCAUGGUUGGUUGCAUAUGGCAACUUGCUGGUCAUCUUACAGUACAUCUACAGCUUCCCUCCGGUGCAGGAAGUCCCCGGACUGUUCCCCAGGAAGGACGUCCCCUGCACGGAGCUCGCCUCCAAGUUGUUGUGUCUUCUGACCUUCUGGCUGCUGCUGCGUCAGGCGCUGACAGAGAAGAGCGAGAGACAUGAGGACAACAAGCUGUCCACCAUCACUGUCCAUGUGGAGGAGCCUGCCCUGACGAAGGGGGAGGAGUCAUGUGAGGAGGUGUUGCUCCUGGGGGGAGCCGUUCAGAUGGAGGCUCUGGUGGCAGUGGUGACCAGGAUGUUUGUGAAGUACUGGAUCUACGUCUGUGGAACCAUGUUCUUCUUCGUUAGUUUUGAAGGAAGAAUCGUUCUCUAUAAAGUCAUCUACAUGGUGAUGUUCCUGUGCUGCGUCGCCCUGUACCAGUUGAAUUAUGAGCGCUGGCGUGCCUUGCUCAGGGGAUUCUGGGUAGCUGUGGUGGUUUACUCUAUGCUGGUUCUGAUCCUGGUCUACACCUUUCAAUUUCCCUCAUCCCCCCACACCUGGAGUUACUACUCUGGACUCAGUACACACAGGUUGGAGGAUGUUGGUUUGGAGUCGUUCUCUCUUCCGGUUCUUUUCACCAGGAUCUUCAUUCCUGCUGCGUUCUUACUGGUGUGUAUCGUUCACCUGCAUUACUUCCAUGAGCCGUUCCUGCAGCUGACCGACCUGAAGACUGUGGUGGACACACACAACAGCAUCAUCACCAGGCUGGUUCACUCUGAUGGCAGCCUGGUCGACCUGUCAGUGGGUGGAGCUCCUCAGCUCCUCCUGGAGGAAGAGAAGAGAAAAGGAGAGAGGGAGAGAGAGAGAGAGAUAGAGGGAGAAGAUAAGGGGAUAAAGGAAGAAGAGGAGGAAGAGGAACAUUACCCCUGUGUGUUUGAAAAGGAAACCCUGUCUGACCACAUAACAGCGCUGGUCUCCUGGAGGCUGGUGGUGGAUCGAAUCUCUGUGUUGUUCCUGCGCCUCCUCCUCUCCAUGCAGCGACUGCAGCGCCUCAUCUGGUGGCUCCUGGAACUACACAUUGUCAAGAUUGUUUCCUCCUACAUCAUCUGGGUCUCUGUGAAGGAGGUGUGUGUCUUUAACAUGCUGUUUGUGCUAUGUGUGGGCGUGGCUCUGCCCUGCAGGGCGUGGCGCCCCCUACUGUCAGGAGUCUGCACAGUUUGGACCUGUGUGGUGACCGUUUGUAAGAUGUUAUACCAACUCAACGUCGUUCAGCCAAUCAGAUACUCGUCCAACUGCACCCUGCCAGAUAACGCCAGCAGCAUCCUGUCUCAAUCUGCUCUGUACUCUGGUCCAGUUGACCCCGCCCAGUGGGUCGGGCUUCGCAAAACAGACGGAAAGCUGCUGGACUACGUGAGGUAUAACCUGAUGAUGCUAGGACUGUUAGCAUUCGAGGUGACCGUUUACCGACACCAGCAACUCUACCGUCUCCGUCACAACAAAGUCCCGCCCCCUACCAGAACGCUGUUUCCUGACAUCACCAGGCGUCAGCUGGACGACAAUGUUCUGAGCUGCUUUAAAUAUUUCCUCAACUACUUCUUCUACAAGUUUGGACUGGAGACCUGCUUCCUGUUGGCCGUAAAUGUGAUUGGUCAGCGGAUGGAUCUGUUUGCCGUAGCCCAUGCCUUUGGCCUCAUCACUGUCCUAUCACGUCGCAGCAGGAAGUGCAUUGCCUCAGUGUGGCCACAAUACUGCUACUUCCUGUCCGGGUUGUUGUGUCUCCAGUACCUUCUGUGUAUCGGUUUCCCUCCUGCUGCCUGUGCAGAUUAUCCUUGGAGACCUCCGGCCUCCCACAUGGACUCGAACGUGGUGAAAUGGCUCUUCCUUCCUGAUCACCUGACACCACCCAACCCACUCUUCCUCCUCUAUGAUUUCCUGCUCCUCCUUGGGGCGUCGCUGCAGCUGCAGGUGUUUGAGGAGGAGCUUCAGGCGACGGUUCAGAUCCUCGCAGGCCACAACAGCGAGCUGGACGGAGACGACGGACAGAUCUGUGAUGUCCUCAGACGACUCCGGCUCAACGAGGUUCCUGAUUUCACGCUGGGCAGGUCUUACCUGGACAUGAUGAAGGUCAUCAUCUUCAGCUACAUGUUCUGGUUUGUUCUCACCAUCAUUUUCGUCACCGGGACAACCAGGAUCAGUAUCUUCUGUAUGGGUUACCUGGUCGCCUGCUUCUACUUCCUGUUGGUCGGAGGAGAACUGUUACUCAAACCAGUUAAAUCCAUCCUGGUUUACUGGGACUGUCUGAUCGGCUACAACGUGUUUGUCAUCACCAUGAAAAAUAUUCUGUCGAUCCUGGCGUGUGGUUUCAUCAAGUCGUUGGUGUUGAAUCACUGUUGGCUGAUUCAGCUCUUCAGUCUGGCGUGCACCAUCAAAGGAUACACCAAACCGGAGCAGCAGAGCAGUAAACAGUGUGAGUUACCGAGCGGCGAGGCGGGGAUCAUCUGGGACGGAGUCUGUUUCUGUUUCCUGUUGUUGCAAAGACGCGUCUUCAGGAGUCACUACUUCCUGUAUGUGGUCUUGGACCUGCAGAACACACAACUACUGGCCUCCAGGGGGGCGGAGCUCUUCGAGGCAUCAACAGUGAAAGCGGUCAGAGCGAGACUGGAAGUGGAGAAGACGUCUAUGGACCUGCUGAAGAGACAGAUGGAGAGGAUCAAGUCUCGACAGCAGAAGUUCCGCAGAGGGAAAGAGAAGAUGUUGAGUGUCCCUCAGGACAGCUGCCACGGGGACGGUCAAGAAAACAAGAAGGGUCAGAAACAGAAGGACUGGUGGAGGCCCUGGGUGAACCACGCCUCCAUGGUGAGGAGUGGGGACUACUACCUGUUUGAGACAGACAGUGAAGAAGAGGAGGAUGAAGAAAAGAAGGUGGAAGAGAAGAAGGAGGCGGAGCCUGAGAAGUCCGCCUUCCAGUUUGUUUACCACGCCUGGAUAACAGAUUCCAGAACAGCAAUGAGAGCUCGAAACAACCAGAAGAAACUGUGGGAGAAGAAUUCUUCUGAACGAAGGAGCAGGAAGGAGGAGAAGAAAGGAGGUGACGCCUCCGCAGCUGGAGUCUUAGAAGUGACGGAGGAGACGGAGGAUGGUGAAGAGGAGGAGGAGAAAGAGGAGGGUUCAGACACGGUGCUGCAUCGAGUCUCCAACACACUGCGCUUCUGUUGGGUUCUGCUGUCGGCUCUGCUGGACUCCCUGACUGCCUGGCUCAGCGGCUUGUGUCAGGAACACGUUGACAUCUCCACCGUCCUCCGCAUCGAGCACUGCAUGCUAACACAACAGGCCAAACAGGGUAACUUGCCCACGAGAGAGGCAAUCACCGUUUACUACGAAGAGCAGAUGAUGAAAAUAUCAAGAGAGUCGGGUCUGGACUCCGGUUCCCAUGAUGCAACAGUGAGAGGAAGAGAGGGGGGAGGAGAUGAAGAGGGAGGACGUCCUGAUACAGAAGAAGAAGAAGCUGGAGGUCAAACAACCAACGAGAAAGAAGAGAAACUCAAAACAGACUCAGACGAUGAGGACGAUUCACAUUCUGAACACGAACCAGGACUCGGAUCAAUCGGUUCAGACCCGCAUCCUCAAACUGGAUCCGAGGAGGACCCAGGUGGACUGCAGACCACAGUUAGUCCACCGGAAACAGAACCAGAAGCAGAUGGUCAUAAUGAACCAGGAGAAGAUGUCCCAGAAUGCAUAGAGGCUAAAACCAGCCAAAGAUCCCGACCCAAACUGUCCAGGAUGGAGAGGGUCCAGUCUCUGGCGUCCUUAUCGUCAGAGGAAGGAGAGAUCAGUCACACAUACAGCUGUGAAGAUUGGAACCAGCCACUUCCUGUUGACACGCGGCCAACACACACCUUCACUAGCACCUCCUCCCUCCUCCUCCCCCCCUCCUACAGCCUCGCAAUCGGGCUCGACCUCCACGAGGAGGAAGUGAGGGAGACGAGGGGGGGUGGACAGAGGAGGAGGAGAGGGGAGGCGGAGUCAGGAUUUAGGAAGCGGCUGCUGACUCCCAGUGAAACCAACGACCUUCUGUUUGACUCGGCCUCCACUUCCUGUCCGCUGACAUCUCGAACUCAGGAGCUGACCGCGAGCGAGCUGCUGAGGAACAGGACCUUCUAUGAUGACGAGCUGGAGGCCUCAGACCGGUUCUAUGGAACGCAGCCUCAGCUGCUCCAGCUGUGCUACGCCCUCUACAACAUCCUGGCAGCCAGGUCGGAGACUGUGUGUUACCUGGUCAUCGUUCUGAACCACAUGGUGUCUGCCAGCUGUCUGACAUUGGUUCUCCCGGUUCUGGUGUUUCUCUGGGCGAUGCUGUCCGUCCCUCGGCCCAGUAAGACCUUCUGGAUGACGGCCAUCAUCUACACUGAGGUUACCAUCGUCAUCAAGUAUUUCUUCCAGUUCGGUUUCUUCCCAUUUAACCAGAAGCUUGAGGUGGACCGAUCCAAACCGUUUCACCCCCCCAACAUCCUGGGAGUGGAGAAGAAGGAAGGCUACGUCCUGUACGACCUGCUGCAGCUGCUCACGUUGUUCUACCACAGAGCCACACUCAAGUGCCACGGCCUCUGGGAUCAGACCAUUAGCAUGGAGGCCGACCCCCUCCGUCAGCUCAACAACCAGACGGACUCUGCUGACUCCUCCUCCGGCAACCGGGUCGACCUCGCCAACACACUCCGACGGCGAGGCCGGGGCCGAACGCGCUCCAGCUCCACCCAGCUGCGCUCUCCUGCAGGCAGUGUGAGUUCCAGACCUCAGCAGCUCAGCAGGUUGGAUCUGCUGCUGCUGAAACUCCGAGAGGUUUCCAUCCGAGUCCAGGAGGUCUCUGUUAGCAGGUGUCUGUCAGCGUACCGUCCGGUCGGUCAGUUCUUCAGAGCUCUCGUCCAACCAGAGUACAGCGCCGUCACCGACGUCUAUGUCCUCAUGUUCCUCGCAGACACCGUCGACUUCAUCAUCAUCGUCUUUGGCUUCUGGGCUUUUGGAAAGCACUCGGCGGCUGCUGACAUCACUUCCUCCCUCUCAGAAGAUCAGGUUCCUGAAGCUUUCUUGGUGAUGGUGUUGAUCCAGUUUGGGACCAUGGUGAUAGACAGGGCUCUGUAUUUGAGGAAGACAGUUUUGGGGAAGUUGGUGUUUCAGGUGAUUCUGGUUUUUGGGAUCCACUUCUGGAUGUUCUUCAUCCUGCCGACUGUCACCGAGAGACGCUUCAAUCAGAACCUGGUGGCUCAGCUCUGGUACUUUGUGAAGUGCGUGUACUUUGGUCUGUCGGCCUAUCAGAUUCGAUCUGGUUACCCAACACGAGUUCUGGGAAACUUCCUGACAAAGAGUCACAACUACCUCAACCUGUUCCUGUUCCAGGGGUUCCGUAUGGUUCCCUUCCUGACCGAGCUGAGGGCGGUGAUGGACUGGGUCUGGACGGACACCACUCUGUCUCUGUCCUCAUGGAUCUGUGUGGAGGACGUCUACGCCCACUGCUUCGUCUUGAAGUGCUGGAGGGAGUCAGAGAAGAGGUACCCUCAGCCCCGGGGGCAGAAGAAGAAGCGGGUGGUGAAGUACGGGAUGGGCGGCCUCAUCGUGCUCCUGCUCAUCUGCAUCGUGUGGUUCCCGCUGCUCUUCAUGUCGCUCAUCAAGUCCGUGGCUGGAGUCGUGAACCGGCCGCUCGACAUCUCUCUGACCAUCACGCUCGGAGGCUUCCAGCCCAUCUUCACCAUGAGCGCUCAGCAGAACCAGCUCAGGGAUCUGACUCAGGAGGACUUCAGCUCUUUCGUCAGCUCCUACAGUUACACCCCCAGUGCCUUGCAGUUCCUGGAGGCGUACACACGUGAGGACGUGACGGUGGCGGAGCUGCAGGGCAGCAGUAACUCGCUGUGGACCAUCAGUCCGCCCAGCAGACAGUACCUGAGCCAGGUGCUCAACCUCCACCACUUCCCCAUCACCCUGUCCUGGACCGUUCAGAGGAACCUGAGUCUGGGAGCAAAGGUGGAGCUCGCAUCAGGUAAACAUGUGACUUACCUGGACAAUGAGACUCGCCUGGAGCUGAUCGAGCUGCUGAACGGGACCAGGACACUUCCUGUGGUGAUACAGGAUGUGCUUCCAUGUUUCAUCCGAGCUCCGAGCGACUCCAACGCCAAACCGAUCCAACAGCUCUACACAGAUGACCGCUACAAGGACAUCUUGUUGGCGCUGGAGAGGUCGACCAAUCAGAGUAGAGAGGUCCGGGAGUGGUGGAUUGUCGACCAACCAGCUGACAGCUUAGUGCCAGUUCAGGCCGGGGCUUCCCUGAAGGACAAGAGGGAGGCGGGGCUUCAGCUGUUUGUGUUCAGUGAUAAAGUCAGUCCUCCGAGUCUCGGCUUCUUGGCUGGAUAUGGCAUCAUGGGAUUGUAUGCGUCAGUGGUUCUGGUGAUCGGGAAGUUCGUCAGAGAGUUCUUCAGCGGGGUCAGUCACUCCAUCAUGUUCGAGGAGCUGCCCUGUGUCGACCGCAUCCUCAAGCUCUGCACCGACAUCUUCCUGGUGAGAGAGACAGGUGAGCUGGAGCUAGAGGAGGAGCUGUACGCCAAACUGAUCUUCUUGUAUCGAUCGCCUGAGACUCUGAUCAAAUGGACACGUCGAUGACAUCAUCAUCAGCUGACUCAACAUGUGGAACCUUCGGGGAUCGUUCACCAGAUGUUCUCCAGAUGUUCCUGCAAUGGCCAAAGGAGCCAUCAGGCUGCAACUCAAACAUGGACGUCAAUAGAAACUUGUUGAAAGGUUCACUUGAGGGAAUUCACCUAUUAGCCAGGUGACCAAUAGGAACAGCUGAGAGGCGGAGCUAAGGCUGCCGAUGACCUUCUAUUGAAUCUAAACUCAGGACAGUCACACAGCAGGCAGUGUUUUUACAGUAUUAUUAGUUGAUUAUGAAUAACUGCAGUGAAACUUCACAUCCUGGAGAAAUGGGACUUUUUAGUCGUGGAAAACCACACAUGAAACAAUGUUAUGGAAAUAAGAGACUGAAACUGAUCAAAACAAAUCCAGAGAAUCCAGAACUUUUGAAGAUGUCAUAGCAGGAGCCAUGUUUACAGGAGGGGGGCGGAUUACAAUAUAAUGAUCGAUAUAUAAAGUAGAGAUUAAUAUUCAACACAUUAAUAUCUAAAUAUUUAUAUUUUGUAUCAAUAUGAAGUGUUGUUCAGAGUGUUGUUAAUCUAUGUGAGGUCGACUCUAGAUCUUCGUCAGAUCUACAUAAGUCGUACCAUUGGCUCUGUAUCGUCCUUCAUUAGCAGUAAAUCGUGUCGGUUCAAUGUUUGAUUCCUCGUUGUAUCAUAGGUUCGUUAGCUGCUUGUUAAAAACAAACUUAAAUCCAGGACCCAAUUGAAACAAUGAGGGUGUAAGUUGUCCCGCCCUCACAGGUAAGGUAGCUGGCACUGUGAACACGCCCACCAAUCAGGAGGAAGAUGGUGAGAACAGCUGUUCACAUACACACAACAAAACACUGGAGUCACACAGUUCAUAUUUAUUCCACAUCGACUCCUAGUGACAGAAAACUGGAAGAGAUUUGGAUCGAUGUAAAAUAAGUAAGUAGUUUUACAGUGAAGGUGUUGACUGAUGAUGUCACUGUCACCUGACCGAUGAUGUCACUGUCCCUUAACUGAUGAUGUCACUGUCACCUGACUGAUAUUACCUGUAAACUCAGUGUCCUGUGAAAGAAACAGUGAAAAUGUGAAAAUAAAAGAUUGUGUUUACGUCAAA